AUGGCGGUGGUGGGGGAGGGGGGUGGGGGCAAUGGUGGUGGUGGAGGUGGAGGUGGAGGGGGAGGGGGAAAUGGAAAAGGGUAUGGAUGGGGAGGGGGUAGUGGAGGUGGUGGCGGCGGUGGAGGGGGAGGAGGUGGUGGUGGAGGAGGAGGAGGAGGAGGAGGAAGUGGUGGAGGAUGGGGUUUCGGGGGAGGAGGGAGUAGAGGGUUUUGUUGGAUUUGGGGAUGUGGCGGCGGUGGCGGUCAUGGAAAAGCAUUGGGUAGGAGAGAAGGUUUUGCUUAA